CAGCAUGUGUACAUCCUGUGACCCUCCUCAAAAACCUAUUGAGAAGUUUGUUUUUAUGGAUAAAGAAGCAACAGGGUUGCCACCCUCACAACCUAAAAUUGCAGAAAUGUGCUUAUUUGCUGUGAAUAGGCAUGCUUUUGAGAAUCCUCAAUACAGCAAUUCUUCUCCUAGAUCAGUUCCAUUAUUUCCUUGUUUUGUGUACGAACUCUGCAUCGGUAUUGAUCCAGACAAACCCUUUACCUCUGGAGCAAGUUCCAUUACAGCUAAUGAAGCUUUUGCUGAAAACAAAAAGCAAACCUUUAACAUACACAUUAUGCACAUGAUUGCAGAUUUUUUCAGUCGGCAAUACUCACCAAUCUGUUUAGUAGCACACAGUGGCUGUAAUUAUGAUUUUCCUCUGUUGAAAGCUGAAUUAUCUGCACUGGGUAUCUCAGCUCUUGAUGAAAACUAUUGUGCAGAUCCCAUUAAAGCCAUGAAAGCACUGGACAAAGAGACUAACCAGCUCCACCAGUUUAUAUAUCAUCCUAACCCAUUUAGCAGCAAGAAAAAUUACAAGCUUCAUGAUUUAUACUUUAAAUUCUACAAAGUAUAUCCUUUGAACAGUCACAGUGCAGAAAGAGAUGUCAUUACACUAAUAAGAGUCUUUCAGCAACGUGCCAGAGACUUUAUGCACUGGAUGGAUUCAAAUGCAAGGCAGUUUAAGACCAUUAGAGCAAUGUACAAAGGAAAUGAGAGGUGUGCUUCUGUUUCCAAAACACCUUCGAAUCUUCAUAAUCCCAGUUCUUUAUGGGUACAACCGCCUCGGCAGAGGCUAGCUACAACAUAUUCUUUUCCAGUAGGUGAUGCCGAAGUAUCCUUAAGAGAGAAUAUUGUUAAGCAAGAGGGUGAUCCAUACAGACCACUCAAGAAUACUGAUAUUCCUGAUGAAAUUAAUAUUUUGCUGUGUCUUCUUGGAUUAGCAAUAGUCAUAUGGGUUGUACUCAGAAAUCCUGUAUAAAUGCAAAAUGUAGUUUGGUUUUUGCAUACAGUUAAGUGACUCAAAGGUUACCAAACAAUAUUUUCCAGUU